UGCGCAUGCGUAGGAGGCUGAGACGCCGGAAGCGGCGGUUGGAGCGGAGCGGGGGUUGUCUCUCCUUAGCGGUGGGCGGCGGGCCGGGCCGGGCCGGGCCGCAUCGCACCGCACCGGACCAGGCCACACCGAACUGCAGCCUCUCGCCCCGUCCCGCCCUGCCUCGCAGAGCUCAGCCCAGCCCGCCAUGAGCUGUCGGCAGCCGCUGCCGAGCGAGCGGGGAGCGAGACAGAGGAAGAGGAGACGGAAUGGCAAUGAAGAUGACGGUCAUGUUCCCCAGACAAAACGUAGUACCAGGAAUACUGUCCUUCAGGACUCUUGGGACACUGAGAAGGUGGCUGUAACGAAAAGCAGUAAGGAACACAGACUAAAAGGAAACAAAGUGUCCUGUGCGUCCUCCAGCAGCGAUAGCGGCAGCAGCAGCAGCAGCUGUAGUAGCAGUAGCAUCAACAGCCCUGACAGAGCGUGCAGUGCAGAAACCAGCCUAAACCCGAUAAUUGCAGGAUCCAGUCCUGUCUCCUCUCAGUCCUUCCAUGAGCAGUCUGCACUAAGCCAAGGUCCUUACUUCCACAUCAACCAGAUCCUGAAGGAGGCACACUUUCACAGCUUACAGAGCCGGGGACGCCUUCCUACAUGAUGAACCAGCAGUUCCCCGCCUUCUGUGAAGGGACAGCACUGUGUAGAUUUGAUAUUUCAACUUAAAAGUUUGUUAAAAUGGAAUUGCACAAAACGCCUGUUGCCUUUUCAGUCUAUAUUUGAAAUAACAGGUUAACAGGAAAUUGUUUACUUGUGGUUUGCUGCACUAUUGCAAUGCAAAAGGGGCUUUGAAGCAAUUUUUAUAGGAUUCUUUUUGGGGUGGUUACAAAGUUCAUGUCGAGGAGACUGAGGAAUCCACAUCUGUGUGUAGGAUUGCAAAAUGUCCAAUUCCAAUCAACUGCCUAAUCUGUUAGCAAUUUGUUGCUUUAUGUAAAGUUCUCUCAAACAUUCAUCUUCAGUUUUAUAAGUCUUUUUUAAUUUCAAUAAACUAGUAAAAAUUUA